CUUUUUAAAGCAUGAACUGCGUAUGGCUGCGUUUGAACACAACGGAAUGUUGUUUCAGAUGCGUCACCUACGUUUUGAUUUCAAAUUGUAUAAAAUUGAUUGGCUUUGUGAAAAAAGCCAUAAUGCCUGGUAAUAGACCAGGUUUGGUGUAUUGUUUUGAUUCAAUUUAUAAAAUCUAAAUAUUGAAAAACAUUUUCAAGCGUCAGAAAAGCCCUGAAUGCUUUUACGACAGCAUAGAAUACAUUUAUGAAGUAUACCUCUAGGUGGAUAACAUUUAUGACGCAGCUGCGACGCAAUCACACGCCGCGUGCCGCGUGGUGGGCGCGUGCGCAGGUUUGACGUUUACAAAUGAGAGCACUGGGACGAUUGAUUGUAAAAUCACUCGUUUAAUUUUUCCUUUCAUCUCAUAUCUUCUUCACUGAACCCAGGAUCCUGAAAUCAAGAAACAAGCAAUGCUGGUACUUUUUGAAACAGCUGCAGGCUUUGCCCUGUUUAAGCUGUUGAAUGAGAAGAAGUUAAAAUCAACAGAAAAUCUUUUUGAAGAUUUUGAAACACCUGAAAAGGCCAGCCAGAUUGUGAAGCUGAAGCACUUCCAAAAGUUCGCCGACACCACAGAGGCUCUUGCCGCCAUCACCGGCGUCAUUGAGGGCAAGAUGAGCAAGCCGCUCAAGAAGCUCCUCAAGAAGGUGGACGUCCAGGAGACCCUGGCGCUCUCCGACGCCAAGCUGGGCAACAUCAUCAAAGAGAAGCUGGACGUACAGUGUGUGGCGUCGACGGCGGUGAACGAGCUGAUCCGCUGCAUCCGUUCCCAGUCGGACAGCCUGCUGACCGGGCUGGAGGCGAAGGAUGUGACCGCCAUGAGGCUCGGACUGGCGCACAGCCUGUCGCGCUACAAGCUCAAGUUUUCGCCGGACAAGGUGGACACGAUGAUUGUCCAGGCGGUCUGCCUUCUGGACGAGCUGGACAAGGAGCUCAACAACUACGUGAUGCGCUGCCGGGAGUGGUACGGCUGGCACUUCCCCGAGCUCACUAAGAUCAUCACUGACAACAUCGCCUUCGUCAAGACCGUCAACAAAAUGGGCGUGCGGACCAACGCGCUGGACACGGACUUCUCUGACAUCCUGCCGGAGGACGUGGAGGAAGCCGUGAAGAAGGCCGCCGAGAUCUCCAUGGGAACCGAGAUCGCCGACACGGACAUCGACAACAUCAAGCAUCUGUGUGAACAGAUUCUGGAGAUCACCGAGUACCGAGCGCAGCUGUCAGAGUACCUGAAGAACCGUAUGGCAGCGGUGGCGCCCAACCUGAGUGUCCUGGUCGGGGACAUCGUCGGCGCCAGGCUCAUCUCACACGCAGGCUCGCUGAUGAACCUGGCCAAACACCCGGCAUCCACGGUGCAGAUCCUGGGAGCCGAGAAGGCGCUGUUCCGCGCGCUGAAGACCAAGCACGACACGCCCAAAUACGGACUCAUUUACCACGCGCAGUUUGUCACGCACGCCAGCAGCAAGCUCAAGGGCAAGGCUUCCCGUAUGCUGGCCACCAAGGCGGCGCUGGCGUGCCGUGUCGACGCCCUCGGGGAGGAGGCGGAGGCCAGCGCACAGCUCGGCGUCGAGCACCGCGCGCGUCUCGAGGCCCGCCUACGAGCGCUCGAGGAGGGUGGCAGCAUGAGAAUCUCCGGCUCUGGCAAAAAGUCGGCCAAGUUCGACUCGUACCAGAACAAGAGUGAGAUCAAGCAGUACCCGGCUGCGGCAGACUCCACCAUCCCCAGCUCAGUCAAACGGAAAAUGGCCGACGGAGAGGAAGGCUUUCCCAAGCGUGCCAAGAUCUCGGAACCCAAAUCCGAGCCCGAAGGAAUGGAUGGUUCCUUCGUGGAGGCCUCUAGUGAGAAGAAGAAGAAAAAGAAGAAGAAGCAUCAGGAGGCUGAGGAGGCCACAUCGUCCGAAACUCAGGUGAAAACCGAGGACAGUGACGAAGAAGAGGCGCCCAAGAAGAAGAAAAAGAAGAAGCGUGAUUCGGAGGCUGCCGAUGUCUCGAUGGUGAAAACUGAGGAAGACGAGCCGACUACGCCUGCUGAGGGCAAGAAGAAAAAGAAGAAGAAGUCGAAGAGCGAGUCGGCCGACGCCGAGAUGGCUGAUCUGGACACCACUCAGGAGGCUGCCGAGGCUACCAGCGAGAAGAAAAAGAAAAAGAAGAAGAAGGCGAAGCAGGAAGCCGAGGACGAGGACUGAUUCCAUUUUCAGUAGGUUGACGUGCUUUCGCCAAGUGUCUGAAACUGGUUGACUGAGUUCGGGUGAAGCUGUUUGAGCUGUUUUUGGAUUCGUAUAUCGUGCGUCGGCGGCAGGCACACCCUGGAGUUUUGUUCCGGGAAGGCUGUGUCGCAGCCAUCGGGGAAUUUUAGUGCACUGCCAUGGCAUCGCGCGGGGUUGACUGAGAGAAUCCAUGCCUGAAGGGAAAUACAUGGUUUCUCUGCGGUGCUUGGCUCAGCAGAUGCAAGGCUAUAGCAGAUGUGUAUGACGUAGUAAGAAAGAUGAGACGAGGUAAUUGGAUCGCAUUUGGCUCCAUUUCUGUAAAUACACACCUGCAUUAGUA